AUGUCCAUCAUCAAUUGUCUGGCAGCAGUUUGCUGGGGUCCUAGGCAGCCUCUUGCAAUCGAAGAAAUCGAAGUUCACCCUCCUCGGCGUGGUGAAGUCCGUAUUCAAGUCCUUUACACUGGAGUUUGCCACACAGACGCAUUUUAUAUGUCAGGAGAAGACCCAGAAUCCCAAUUCCCCGCCAUUUUAGGUCACGAAGGUGGUGGCAUUGUAGAAUCAGUUGGAGAAGACGUCACCUCUCUCCAGCCAGGAGAUCACGUGAUUCCUCUUUAUAUCCCUGAAUGCAGAAAUUGCAAAUUCUGCAAGUCAGGAAAAACCAACCUUUGUUCCAUCAUUAGAGACACCCAAGGACGUGGAUUAAUGCCAGACGGGACUUCCAGAUUUUAUUGCAAAGGCCAGCCAGUUUUCCAUUUCAUGGGAACUUCGACCUUCUCUCAAUAUACAGUUGUGGCUGAAAUUUCAGUUGCAAAAGUAAACCAAGCUGCAGAUCUAGGUAAAGUUUGCUUAUUAGGAUGUGGGAUUACCACUGGAUAUGGAGCUGCUAUGAAUACAUUGAAAAUUGAGCCUGGAGCUAAUGUCGCUAUUUGGGGUCUUGGAGGUGUUGGUUUAGCUGCUAUUAUGGGAGCAAAAGAAGCUGGUGCUGCAAGAAUUAUUGGAAUUGAUAUGAACCCAAGGAAAUUCUCAAGGGCGAUUGAGUUUGGAGCUACAGAAUGCAUUAACCCUAAGGAUAUAGAAAGGCCAAUUCAGCAGCAUUUGACGUCAAUUACAGACGGAGGACUUGAUUAUACCAUUGAAUGCAUUGGAAAUGUGAAUACUAUGAGGGCAGCUUUGGAGUCUUGCCACAAAGGCUGGGGUAAAAGCUGUAUCAUUGGUGUAGCAGGGAUUGGCCAAGAAAUUUCGACGAGGCCUUUUCAGCUUGUGACUGGAAGAGUGUGAUGUGGGAGCGCAUUUGGAGGAGUCAAAGGGAGGACAAUGAUUCCACAGUAUGUUGAUAAGUAUUUAUCUGGGCAACUUAAGGUUGACGAGUUUAUUACUCAUCAUUUCAAUUUGAAUGAAAUUAACCAAAGCUUCCAUGUGAUGGAGGAAGGCUCAUGUAUAAGAGCAGUCAUUACUAUGACAACUAAUUAA